AAGAAGGCUUGGAGUGCACCUUGGAUGGGGUUUUUGGGGUGAGAGAGAGGGGAAGAUCUUUAUUAGCUAGCUACUGGAGUGAGUUCCUAAAAAGAGAGAGAAAUUAAGGAAAGAGCUUCUGCAGCAGCCAACAAUUGUGAUGGGUCAUCACUGCUGCAGCAAGCAGAAGGUCAAGAGAGGUUUGUGGUCUCCUGAGGAAGAUGAGAAGCUCAUCAAACACAUCACCACCCAUGGCCACAACUGCUGGAGCUCUGUCCCUAAACUAGCAGGGCUACAAAGAUGUGGAAAGAGUUGUAGGCUCAGAUGGAUCAAUUACUUGAGGCCUGAUCUAAAAAGAGGGUCCUUCUCAGCACAAGAAGAGAGGAUCAUCAUAGAUGUGCACAGGAUCCUAGGCAACAGGUGGGCUCAGAUAGCCAAGCAUCUCCCAGGGAGGACAGACAAUGAGGUGAAGAACUUCUGGAACUCAUGCAUCAAGAAGAAGCUGAUUGCCCAAGGGCUAGAUCCCAAGACCCACAACCUCAUGCCGACGUCGCGGCCGCCUGCGACCGUCGCCGGACCCAACGCCUCUCAAUUCAAUCACCCACAGCCACCCACCACACCCUUCACAAUUAGCUCCCCUAGCAAGAGCUAUGAUGCAAUGAAGAGCACCUCAAUGGAGGUGGAUCUCUCAAUGGUUAACUCACUACCUCCCUCAAGCCUCCCUUUCCAUGAGGCCAAUAACAUCUCCAUGUCGAGCUAUCAGUACAUGGACUGCAGCAGUGUCAUGAUGGGGUUCAAGGAUCACAAUUCGCAUAGCUCGAUCGACUUCACUAACUCCUCCUCUACUAUAGAUCAUGCAAACAUAUCCUCCUCCUCAUUCCAACCCCCUGGGUUCAUGGAUGAGGCUAGCAUGUGGGCCGACGCGGUCGACACUCUCGAGGCCCAGAAGCAAAAUGAGGCGGCGGUGAUUGCGCAACAAGGGAAUGUGCAAGAACAGGCUCAGCAUUUGGUGGGCUACAAUGAGGCCAAUGAGAAGGGGCUGGAGAUGGAUGCCUACAACAGCGCGGCGUUCGAUCUCGAGUUCAUGGAGUCCGCGUUGAUGCCUUGUCGAGUGUUUUGCAGCGGCAGCGCAAUGGAGCAACUGCAAUGGGACUGCUAAGCCUUUCAUCUCUCUAAUUAAUUGAUUAUCUUUUCUUCUCCUUUUGUUUCAUAUCAGAAAACAAGUUGAUAGAGGAACCUUGAGCAUAAUAAAGCAACUCCGCGACAAGUUUGCGAGGUGCAUGCAUUUGAUUGAAAUGGCUAGUAAUUCAUAAUCUCCAUAAGUUCAUCUAUUUUGUCUCUUAUAGCUUAAUUGGUAAUUGAUUUUGCAUGUUAAGCGGUGCA